AUGGGUUCCUGGCCCGCCUCCAUCGUCCCCAUUACCCAACCUUGUCCAGGGUAUGAGUUUCCCUCGGUGCUGUGCAUCAACAAUUACGGAGCUGUUCUGCCCGAAGAUUUCGAACGUAUCAUCUCCCCCGUUGUUGGCGACACUGACACGUAUGCAUCCACCUCGGUGCCCUCGGACCCUUCGUUCAAACAGCUCUCCUCAGCCAGCUUCGUCGUGUGGGAUUCCGCGCGCGCUGCAGAGAUUCUGGGACCCUCCCCGGAGGUGGAAUACCAUUUCACAGUGGACAAUGUGCCCCAUGAGGGUCCGACAUACGAGCCCAAUCUGAAUGUGAUUUUCUUCUCGCGUCUGCGCUCCGACCCUCCGGCGCAAUACGUGAUCGACUUGAACAAUGACCCGCCUACCCUGGAGCAGAGGAUCUCCGACCCUCCGCUGGUCGUGCCUUGUGGAUCGACCUAUCACAAUGGUUUGAUCUACUGGUGCGGAAGUGCAAGCCGGAAUGGCAUCUACGUGCCAGGUCUGUAUGCGAUGAACGCUACCACGGGCAAGGUCAAGCCCGUCGCCAACAACUACUUCGGAUACAACUUUGGCACGUGUGAUGAUCUGGCUGUAGCUCCAAAUGGGGAUAUCUGGUUCACAGAUAACUGGUACAUCCACGGCGUCCCCGACAUCAACCACAACCGCACCAUCCACCUCGAAACCGGCAUCUACCGAUUCGUCCCCUCCACGGGACUCAUCCAGCUAAUAUCUGAUGACUUCGACCAGCCCAACGGUAUCGCAUUCUCCCCCGAUGGGAAAAAAGUCUACAUCACUGACACGGGAGCUGACGCCAUUUCGCUCACUACACACGAUAUCAGGUACUACUCGUAUCGCAGACGAACCGUAUACGCGGCCGACCUCCUCCCCUCCGGCACGGGAUUUGUCAAUAAACACGCCAUCUUCCUGGCGCAGGACCGCGUGCCGGAUGGCAUCAAGGUCGCGAAGAAUGGAUACGUGGUCACCGCUACGGGUCAUGGGGUGGAUGUCUUGGAUGAGUUCGGUGUGCAUAUCAUGCGUGUGCAGACGAAUUUUACCGUGCUGAAUGUCGUGUGGGCCGGUGAGGAGUAUAUGGAUUUGUGGAUGGUAGGGUAUAACGGGGUGGGGAGGGUGAAGUGGGCGUUGGAGGGAAAGAGUAUAUCCUAA